AGCCCCUGUGGUUAUAUUCCAAAGAGAUUUUAAUUCCAAAGCUCAAAACUCACUGCGAUAAUGGCGCUUCCAUUCUCAUUCUCCUGCGCCAUUUUCCCUCUACCCUCUCCAAAACCCUUCCUUAAACCCUCUUCAACCUCCAUUACUUUCCCAUUCUCCCGUCCCCCCUCUCGCCUCCGUUCCUAUUCCUCCGACGAGUUCCCCGUCGGCGACGACGAGGCCUACCUAGCCUCCUUCCUCCCCAAGGAGAAGGAAACCGAGGAGGAGGCGCGGCGCCGGAAUUGGAUUGAGCGCGGAUGGGCUCCCUGGGAGGAAAUCCUCACGCCGGAAGCCGAUUUCGCGCGGAAGUCGCUGAACGAAGGGGAGGAGGUUCCGCUGCAGUCGCCGGAGGCCAUCGAAGCUUUCAAGAUGCUGAGCCCUAAGUAUCGGAAGCAGAAGAGGGAGGAGAUGGGGCUGACUGAGGAUGAGUACUACGCCAAGCAGUUUGAAAUGAAGGGGGAGAUUCCUGAGCCGCUGGAGACUCGGUGGAGUGGGCCGUUGGUGGUGGCGCUGGUGCCGCCGCGGGAUUGGCCGCCGCGAGGGUGGGAGGUGGACAGGGAGGAGCUCGAGUUCAUCCGUGGCGCGCAUAAGGUGUUCUCUUCUAAGAGAGUGGAUUUGGAGACUGUGGAGGAGAAGGUGGAUAUGGAGGCUGAGGAAAAGGAUUUGUGCUUGGAGAGGUAUAAAAUGUUCUUGAAGCAGUACACCGAGUGGGUUGAGGCGAAUCGGGACCGAUUGGAGGAGGAAUCGUAUAAGUAUGAUCAAGAUUAUCAUCCUGGCAGGAGGAAGAGGGGAAAAGAUUAUAAGGAAGAAAUGUAUGAGCUACCAUUCUAUUUCCCCGGACAAAUAUGUGCCGGGAAAGUAACUGCGCUGCAUCUUUAUCAAGGAGCAUUUGUGGACAUUGGAGGCGUGUAUGAUGGCUUGGUUCCUAUCAAACGAAACGACUGGUAUUGGAUCCGGCAUCAUAUCAAAGUUGGUAUGAAUGUCAUUGUUGAAAUUUUGGCGAAGAGAGAUCCUUAUCGCUUUCGAUUUCCAAUUGAGCUGCGGUUUGUCUACCCUAAUAUCGAUCACUUAAUCUUCAAUAAAUUUGACUUCCCACCAAUAUUUCACCGGGAUGAAGAUGUUAACCCUGAUGAAUUGAGACGCGAUUGUGGAAGACCUCCUGUUCCAAGAAAAGAUCCCGGAAUCAGAUGGGAGGAGGAGCCGUUAUUAUCGAAUCACCCGUAUUGUGAUAAGCUAUGGCAGAUUCAUAAUGCCGAACAGAUGAUUUUGGAUGAGAUGGCGGCAAAUCCUGCUAAAUACGAAGGCAAAAAAUUGUCGGAAUUGAGCGAUGACGAAGAAUUCGACGAGGAUAACUCUGUCGAAUAUGAUAAAGUUUACUAUAAGAAUUCGCUGCUUCCUUAUAUUAAAGUGAAAGUAAGCGUGAAAGAACUCGACUUGGAAGCUGCAUUUGCGGAGCGCCAGCGUUAUUAUAAACUCAUGAAAGAAGCCGAAGAAAGAGGGGAGAAAUACAAAAUCAAGUUGAUGAGGCGAAACGAGGAAAUGAACGAAUACGACCUUAUCCAUUGGCGCCGGUCUUUCGAGGAAAGAGAAGCUCUCCUCCGCGACAUAAGCUGUCGACGGACGCUCGGGCUUCCAUUAGAGGAACCGGGGAGGUACGUCGAUCCCAGACUAUUCGACAAGGAUCAAUACGACCCGGACAACCCGUUGUACCGCUACGACUACUGGGGGGAGCCGAAGAAUUCGGAGAAGAGCCGGCAAGAACGAAUGACGGACACUCACAACAAAUCCAUCGUCGGGAAAGGACAGGUUUGGUACGAAAUGUCGUACGAAGACGCCAUCGAGCAGCAGAGGCAGAGGGAAGCUCGCGAAAUGGAAGCGGGACGGCGCGGCGGCGACGAGGAGGAGGAGGAUUCAGAGAGCGAUUUGGAGGAGGAUUCGGACGCGGAGGAUGACUUGAUCUUAAGCAUAUUGACCUCUCCUCCGCCUUCUUCUUCUCGUAGUGAGAAUGAAGAAGAGUCGGAACAACCGCACGUGAAUGGCACGGAGUCUUCGAGAUUGAGCGAUGAAGGAUUAUCGUUUGAGGAUUAGUUCCUUCCUUACUUCUUCCUGAGGAUGUGUGUAAUCUUUUUGUAUGUAAGAGCUCUGGUUAUGGCUUUUCAACUUGUGCCUCUAUGGAUUAUUAUUAUUAUUACUAGUAUUUUUUUUUAA